AUGGACUCCUCAGAGGUUGAAGCUUCGUCCAGCUCUGUAUCGGCUUUCGUGUCAACGCUAAUAUUUAAUGGACUUAUAGCGCUGUUGUUUGUAUUCCUAUUUUUGACAUUACGUCCAAGAGAGCAGCGAGUAUACCAGCCUCGUUCUUUGAAAGAUAUCUCAACUAUACAUGAUAGUGAGCGAACAGAAAGUGUACCGGGCGGUUAUUUCAAAUGGAUCCCAUUUUUAAUGAAUAAGCCACACUCUUUCCUCAUCCAACAUAUGAGUGUUGAUGGCUACUUUUUCACGCGUUACUUGCUGAUAUUUGGACUCCUUUCGCUUUUAGGAUGUUUAAUUCUAUUCCCGAUAUUAUUGCCAGUUAAUGCUGUUCGCGGUUUCCGGCUUGGGGGAUUUGAGCGAUUGGCAUUUUCUAACGUUAGCAACAGGAAUCGCUUUUUCGCGCAUGCGUUCCUUUCAUGGGUUUAUUUUGGAUUGGUGAUUUACACGAUUUACAGGGAAUUGUACUACUACAUAUCUAUGCGCCAUGCAUUACAGACAACACCCUACUACAGUAGCCAAGUGGGAUCGCGGACGGUGAUAUUCACAGACUUGAAGCUAUGUGGGAAAUCCAAUGUUAGUCUGGAGGAUGAAUCGACCAUACGUGAGGUUUUCCCUGGUGUUGAGCAUGUUGUUUUCGCCCGUGACGAGCAUCAAUUGCAGAAGUUAGUUAAAGAAAGACGCAAGGUAGCAAACAAAUAUGAGAAUACGCUUAAUAAAGUGAUUAACAAGAGUGUCAAGGUGCGGAGGAAAGCUGAGUUUAAUGAAAAACUUGGAGACCUUCCAAGGCCAGAGCUAGAUGAUAAUGAUUUUGAGAAGUAUAUGAAGAAUAGACCUACGCAUCGACUAGGUAAGAUUCCUUGUAUUGGUGAGAAGGUCGACAGUCUAGACUAUUUACCGAAGACUUUAGGCCAAUUAAACCAAAAAAUUAAAAAGGGACAGAUGGAGUGGACAGAAGCACCACUUGCAGGUGCAUGCUUUAUAACUUUUAAAGACCAAAGAUCAGCUCAAAAGGCCUUCCAGACCGCCCCUGCCGUGUUGGGUAGAGCUGCAUAUGACAAGCGCAUUAUUGGAUAUGCACCAGAAGAUAUUAAUUGGGACAAUAUAUCAUUGGGCAGAGCUGCUAGGAAAUCAAAAAGGACUGUAACAAAUGCGAUUUUGGCAGCUAUGAUUAUAUUUUGGGCAAUUCCGGUCGCAGUUGUUGGUACUAUUUCAAAUAUCCACUUCUUAACUGAAAAGGUACACUUUUUGAGAUUUAUUAACAAUAUGCCACGUCCACUAAUGGGUAUUAUCACAGGUUUGCUUCCAUCUAUCGCCUUGGCUAUUUUGAUUUCCUUAGUGCCCGUUAUUAUCAAGAAGUUGGGAGUUUUCGGAGGUUCAAUAACGAGACAGGAAAAUGAACUAUAUUGCCAAGCAUGCUUUUUUGCAUUUCAAGUGGUUCAAGUGUUUUUGGUGACUACACUAGCUUCCUCUGCUGCAGCUACCGUUGCACCUAUAAUUAAUAAUCCAGACCAAUCCAUGACACUUCUAUCCAGCAAUUUACCAAAGGCCUCGAACUUCUACAUCACAUACUUCCUAUUGUCGUUGUCGGUUGCUACCGGGCUUUUGUUUCAAUUAGUCACUUUACUAUUGAGCAAGGUUUUGGGAAGGUUAUUAGAUUCCACUCCAAGAAAGAAGUGGAAUCGUUAUAACCAAUUAAGCAAGCCAUCAUGGGGAAUCAUAUACCCCAUCAACGAAUUGUUGGUGUGCAUAUUUUUAGUAUAUUCCAUUGUUUCACCUCUUCUAAUGAUUUUCAGUUUCGUCGCAUUCAUAGUGUUCUAUUUGUCCUAUUUGUACAACUUGAACUACGUUUAUGGAUUCUCUUACGAUUUGAAGGGUAGAAACUAUGUCCGCGCCUUGUUUCAAGUCUUCGUUGGGUUGUAUUUGGCCGAGGUUUGUUUGCUUGGGUUAUUCAUUAUGGCAAAGGCAUGGGGUCCUUUAGUAUUGAAUAUCAUCUCUCUUUUAGUGACAGUGAUUUGCCACCUGUACUUCCAGAGAAGGUUUUUACCGUUGGUUGACGCAGUGCCAUUGAGUGUGCUUCGUCAUGCUGAAAAUGUUGGAAAUUACAUCUACCCAGCAAAAGAUCAAGGUCGGAACGAAGUUCUUGAUCUUGGUGACCCAAACUCGGCCCACUACACCAUUACCGAAACAUCAAAUGGCGAUAAGAUUGUUGCUCCAGCUAGCCCAACCGACAACACUAAUCGUUUGUAUGACGCUGGCGACGACUAUGGUAAUUAUGCAACCGAGAAAAACGAGCUUUCCCAAAGCCCCACUGCAGAUACCAAUGGUAUUACUGGCUACGUUAAAACUUAUUUCACACCUAGUAGCUGCUACACAUACCCAAGGGUCAAAAACAGACUUCCAAGUACUUUAGACACUCCCGUAACAUACGAACCUGGUUAUGAAGAAACCGCAUACACAGACCCAUGUGUUCUAGAUAAGGAACCUAUUAUUUGGGCGGCAAACGAUCCUAUGGGUGUCGCAUCGGAACAGGUGAGAAUUGCACGAGAAUUUGGUGUAAAAGGGGCUGUUGAUAAUACUGGCUAUGACGGCAACGGUAAGUCAAUCUACACAGGUGAUCCACCAGAUUACGAUAUAAACACCAAAACUUAG